GUCGUGUUUUCCAAAAGCAACCACGUGGGGCGGUGGGCGGGCGCCUGCGCAAAAAUGGCGUCCUCGUCGUCCUCUUCGGGGUCGAACUUCAGCUACCGGCCGGCUCCGUUGGCGCCGCUGCCUCCUACGUUGGACCCGGCCUACUACGACUCCUCGCCCGCCAAGCGCCGCGCCGAGGCCGAGCGCCUGGCCAUCCGCGCCCGCCUCAAGCACAAGUUCCUGCUGCAGCUCAACGACCCCCGCCGGACCCACCUCAUCGAUGACCCUGCCGUGACUCAGUGGACCUACGCCAAAGCGAACGUCUACCCUAACUUCCGAGUCAACAAGAAAACGUCCUUAUUGGGUGCCGUGUUUGCAGUCGGGCCCGUUUUUUUCUGGUGGUACGUCUUCAAAACGGAAAGAGAUUAUAAAGAGAAACUCAUCCAAGAAGGCAAGUAUGAGCGGCCCUUCCAUAUCGUCUACUGAGCUCCUGCGGACAGUGUGCUGGACUGCUGCCGACUGAACACUGUUGCACUUUUGCGCUCUCCGUGUAGCGGCGUUGGGCCUGUUGCAAGUAAACUUUCCUUGCUCAGGAGCCGGUUUCUCUCUUCUGUGUUCCAAGAAGUCAUCUACAAUAAACUACUUCUCAAAAAUA